GUUCGGGCUGGACACACGGCAAGAUGGCGAAGAUCAGGACUAUCUUCAUGCUGGUUACUUUGGGAUACGUCGCUGCUGACGUCCCAUGUGCACGGCGGCAGAUAGAGAAGAAGUCCGUAGUGUGCGUGUGUAACGCGACCUACUGCGAUGAAAUCACACGAGACGAUCCCGCACCCGGCAAAUACGUCGCCUACACGUCCUCUGAGGCUGGAUCUCGUUUCAAGAAACAAGAAGGAGAGUUUACUUCGUACUACAAAUGGAACGAAGGCGCUUCGCACACUAUCGUGAUAGAUCUAUCUAAGAACAAACAGUCCAUCCAAGGUUUUGGAGGAGCUGUCACAGACGCAGCCGGCAUACACUGGUCCAACUUCUCCAAUCCGCAGUUACAAGACUAUUUGAUCAAUUCGUAUUUCGGUAAGAAUGGUCUCGAGUACAACAUGCUGCGCGUACCCAUCGGUGGCUGCGACUUUUCGACGCACGACUACGCGUACAAUGAGUUGCCGUGGAACGACGGACAGCUCACCAACUACACACUGUCUCCGGAGGACUUCAUUUAUAAGAUCCCGAUGAUUCAGCAAAUCAAGGCGGCAGCAACGUCGGACGUGCACAUCGUAGCCACGGUGUGGUCUCCGCCGAAAUGGAUGAAGACCAACGAGAAGCCCAACGGCCCCAGCCUGAUCAAGGAGGAGUUCAUGCAGACUUACGCCGAUUACAUCACCAAAUUCAUUCGUGAAUACAAGAAGCACGACAUCGACAUUUGGGCUGUCACCACUACCAAUGAACCUCAGGACGCAUUUUUACCAUUCACUAGAUUCCAAGAUUUGGGUUGGACCCCUGGAAAAAUGGGUCAAUGGAUCAUCAACAACUUGGGUCCCACGAUAAAGAACUCCUCUGAUAUCAACCAUGUGAAGAUUCUGACCGUAGAUGACCAGAGGAUCACCAUUCCCUUAUGGUUUAAUAUUAUGAUAGAGAAGCAUCCAGAGGUGUUGAACUGGAUCGACGGUAUCGGUGUGCACUGGUACACGGACAAGUUCUCGCCCGCCGCCAUCCUCGAGGCGGCCGUUAAGAACCACCCGGACAAAUUCAUUCUUGCUACUGAAGCCUGCGAAGGCUCCUUCCCUUGGCAGUUGGAAAAAGUGUCGCUCGGAGACUGGUCGCGUGCCCAGUCCUACAUACAUUCUAUCUUGGAAGACCUGAACUACAACCUCGUGGGUUGGAUCGACUGGAACCUGUGCCUCGACAAGCAAGGUGGUCCCAACUGGGUCAAGAACUUCGUAGACUCUCCCAUCAUUGUGUUCCCUGAGAAUAAUGAGUUUGUCAAGCAGCCAAUGUUCUACGCCAUGGGACACUUCUCCAAGUGGAUCCCGCGGGGCUCCGUGAGGCUGGAGGUGGAGGAAAAGAAGGGGCUGUUGGAGAAGUCGGUGGACCACGUCGCCGUCCUGACUCCGAAGGACACUGUUGUUGUCGUUCUUCAUAAUACGGGCAACGCGCGCAACGUCCGCGUGCAAUUGUGCGAGGAACACACAGUCAUCGCUCUGGAGAAGGCUUCCGUCACCACACUGGAGUUCCAGGCUCCUUCUGCCUCAUCAUACAACUAUAAUAAAAUAAUGAAUACCUAAAGAUAA